AUGUCGUUCAACACCCCGGCGGCUCGUGCUCCGCUUGGCGGUCGUCAGACCCACACUGCCGUCUCCGGCCGCAGCCUGAAGAUCGUGACGGAAGUCGGAAGCGGCAUCGGAUCUGGCCUCUCUCCAUUCGGCCAGAAUGCCGCCUCGACGAUCCGCGACUCGCGUGAGCGUGAGAAGAAGGAAAUGUCCGACCUGAACGAUCGAUUGGCUAGCUAUAUCGAGAAGGUUCGCUUCCUGGAAGCCCAGAACCGGAAGCUGGCCGCCGACCUCGACGCUCUACGCUCGAAAUGGGGCAAGGAUACGCACAACAUUCGCAACAUGUACGAGGGCGAACUCGUUGACGCCGGAAAGCUGAUCGAAGAGACCCAGAAGCAGCGCCGCGAGCUGGAGGACCAAAUCAAGAAGAUGCAAAACGAGCUGGCCGAGGUUCGCAGGAAGUACGAUGAAGCCGUCGCCGGCCGCCACCACGACCGCGCCAAGAUUGACCAGCUGCUCGUCACGCUCUCCAACAUUGAGGCCGAGAUCAACCUGCUGAAACGCAGAAUUGCUCAGCUCGAGGAUGAGGUGAAGAGGAUCAAGCUGGAGAACCAGCGUCUGCACAGCGAGUUGCAGCGCGCCAGGACGGACCUCGACCAGGAGACCCUCAACCGCAUCGAUAACCAAAACCAAGUCCAAACCCUCCUCGAAGAGAUCGACUUCCUGCGUCGGGUCCACGAUCAGGAGAUCAAGGAGUUGCAGAUGUUCGCCGCCCGCGACACCACCCCGGAGAACCGCGAGUACUUCAAGAAUGAGCUCAGUUCGGCGAUUCGCGAGAUCCGUGACGAUUAUGACCAGAUGAGCAACGUGCACCGCACCGACAUGGAGUCGUGGUACCGUCUGAAGGUGCAGGAAAUCCAGACGCAAUCGGCUCGCCAGAACAUGGAACAAGGCUACGCCAAGGAAGAGGUCAAACGCCUCCGCACCCAGCUCACCGACCUGCGCGGAAAGCUGGCUGACUUGGAGGGCCGCAACUCCCUCCUCGAGAAGCAGAUCCAGGAGCUGAACUACCAGCUCGAGGACGACCAGCGCUCGUACGAGGCUGCCCUCAACGAGAGAGAUGCCCAAAUCCGCAAGAUGCGCGAAGAAUGCCAAUCCCUCAUGGUGGAGCUGCAGAUGCUCCUCGACACCAAGCAGACCCUCGACGCAGAAAUCGCCAUCUACCGCAAGAUGCUGGAGGGCGAAGAGAACCGCGCCGGGCUCAAGCAGCUCGUCGAGCAGGUCGUCAAGACGCACGGGAUUCAGCAAGAGGUUGAUACUGAAACGAUGCGCGUGGUCAAGGGCGAAACCGCUUCGCGUCAGUCGUUCCAGCGCUCCGCUAAGGGCAACGUUGGCAUCCACGAAGCCUCCCCCGACGGCAAGUACAUCGUCCUGCAGAACACCCACCGCGCCAAGGACGAGGCCAUCGGCGAGUGGAAGCUCAAGAGAAAAAUCGACGGCAAACGCGAGAUCGUCUACACCCUUCCCGUCAACUUUGUUCUGCGCGCCGGCAAGACGGUUAAGAUUUUCGCCAAGAACCAGGGCGUAGCCUCCCCGCCCGACCAGCUCGUGUUCGACGGCGAGGACUCGUUCGGCUCGGGCAGCUCGGUGCACACCAUCCUCUACAGCAAGGAUGGAGAGGAACGCGCCACCCACAUCCAGCGCCAAUCCACCACCAAC